GCCAGACUCUCUUUCUGCAGAAAAACAUUCUGUGUGAGGAACUUACAGCAGCAUGGCCCGCCAUGUGGAGCAUCCUGCUGCAUGCUACAAGAAGAUCUUUGAGACGGUGGAGGAGCUGAAUGAACCUAUACCUGCUGAGAUCAGCGGUGUUAUACCUUCAUGGCUUGGCGGCAGUCUUCUCAGGAUGGGUCCAGGUCUUUUCGAGGUGGGAGGUGAACCUUUCUACCACCUGUUUGAUGGACAGGCUCUCAUACACAAGUUUGACCUGAAGAACGGUCAGGUGACCUACUACAGGAAGUUUAUCAGGACGGAUGCGUAUGUUCGUGCCAUGACCGAGAACAGAGUAGUGAUCACUGAGUUUGGAACGGCAGCCUAUCCAGACCCCUGCAAAAACAUCUUCUCCAGAUUCUUUACUUACUUCAAAGGAAUUGAGGUGACCGACAACUGCCUAGUGAACAUCUGUCCAAUCGGGGAGGACUUCUAUGCCGUCACAGAGACCAAUUACAUCACUAAGGUUGAUCCUGAUUCGCUGGAGACUUUAAAGAAGGUGGACCUGUGUAAGUACCUCUCAGUGAAUGGGGCAACUGCCCACCCCCACAUUGACGCAGAUGGUACAGUCUAUAACAUCGGCAAUUGCUUUGGCAAGAACAUGAGUCUGGCUUACAACAUCGUCAAGAUCCCACCUUCUCAAAAAGGUGAGAAAAACAAGUCAGAUCCCCUGGAGAGAUCCCAGGUGGUCGUUCAACUGCCCAGCAGUGAGAGGUUGAAACCCUCCUACGUACACAGUUUCGGUAUGACAGACAACUAUUUUGUGUUUGUGGAGCAGCCGGUGAAGAUCAACCUGCUCAAGUUCCUGUCGGCUUGGAGCGUCAGAGGAGCCACAUACAUGGACUGCUUUGAAUCCAACGAAAGCAUGGGGACAUGGUUCCACCUGGCCACUAAGGACCCAGCAGAAUAUCUGAGCAGCCACAAGUUCAGAACAUCAGCUUUCAACAUCUUUCACCAUAUUAACACCUAUGAGGAGGAGCAGGGAUUCCUCGUGGUCGACCUCUGCACUUGGAAAGGUCAUGACUUUGUGUAUGACUACCUGUACCUGGCCAACAUAAAGGAGGAGUGGGAGGAAGUGAAGAAAGCAGCGAUGAGAGCUCCUCAGCCUGAGGUCAGACGAUACGUACUGCCACUGGAUAUACACAGGGAAGAGCAGGGAAAGAAUCUGGUGUCUCUACCCUACACUACAGCUACUGCUGUUCUUCACAGUGACGGCACUGUCUGGCUCGAACCUGAAGUCCUCUUCUCUGCACCAAGGCUGGCCUUUGAGUUUCCACAGAUUAACUACUCUCUGUGUGGUGGGAAGAAGUAUUCCUUCGCCUACGGUCUGGGACUCAACCACUUCAUUCCUGACAGGAUAGUCAAGCUGAACGUACAGACCAAAGAGACCUGGGUGUGGCAGGAGGAAGAAUGUUACCCAUCGGAGCCGCUGUUCGUACCAACACCCGGAGCCACAGAGGAGGAUGAUGGUGUGCUGCUGAGCAUUGUGGUAAAGCCGGGUGCAGAGAGACCGGGCUUCCUGCUGGUGCUGGAUGCCAUGAAACUGAAAGAGCUGGCCAGGGCCGAGGUCAACACCAUCAUCCCCGUGACCUUCCACGGCAUUUACAAGCCAUGACCCUCACCUUCAUCCCAGCCCAGCCAAGACCCCAUCCAAAGUACACCAUGUUCACUUUCCUACCAGCCAACCACAUUUUACAAUUAGAAAUGGACUCCAAAUAGUGGUUUUAUUUUGUAAAGUAAAAGUAAAAUAUGUAAGCACUAUUGCUUUCACCAGGCCCUUGGUAUAUUUAUCAUGUUGUUUAAAUGACAUGUUAUUCAUGUUAAUUCCCUUCCACAGUGGGCUCAAGCUGGCUGCUGAGAUUGCUUGGAGCUAGCAGGGUCCGUUGAUUGUAAUGUACAAAUCAUAAAGACGAUUGAACAGUGUCUUGUAGCUGGUAGAUGAAAACAGUGCCCGUGUACAGUUUACGUUGCUUCUGUUCAAUCACCUUAGCAAAAACAUUUACUCCAUUUACAAUGUUUUAUUUCAUAAUUAGCACUUAUAUAUAGUUAAUCAUCAUGACAUGAUCCUUCAUCCUAAAGCAAGAGGUACAAUUAAAUAUAUAAAAAAAUAUUCAUAUUUUUGCAGCAUGUAUUUUAAAAGCUAUUUGCAUUUUUCUUCUUCUUUAAUACAAAUAAAAACAAUCAUAUUCAACCGGUUAUAGUGUAGUUGCUUUGACAAAAAUGACUCAACACUCCUACUAGCUGUUUCUGGAGAGUAGAUUUGAAACUUCGUCUCCUAGAAGUGUUGACUUCUGUGUAGAUUAAUUGAUAUAAAAACAUUGUUUUUUGCAAGAGACAAGCGCUGAAACGGAGCGUUUCAGAAAGGGGGUGAACAAAGGUAUAUUCAGGCAGACAGUAUGAGGGGGUAUUACGUGUUUUUUGAACAUCAAAGCACUUAAACAUGUUCUCGUAGAAACCCAAAAUAAAAGUAUGAACCUCAAAAUGAGCAUUAUGUCUCCUUUAAAGCCACGAUACGAUAACUUACACCUGAAGUUUGACCUAUGAUGAAAUAGAUUUAAUAUUAAGAGCGGAAUCGAUGAUAAGCAAUACGGUUGCAAUUAGAAGCAUAAUGUAACAUGAUCAUAAUUAAUAUUCCUUUGCAAACUGUUUGCUGCUCGAUUUGUCUUAUUUGUAAAGUAAUUACUAGAGCUGCAUGUCGAAUAAUUGAAAAAUAAAAAGAACAAUAUUUCCCUCUGAACUGUUGUGUAGUAGAAGUGUAAAGUGGCAUGAAAAGAGUCAAGGUAAAAAUGCCUCAAAUUUGAACAGUAUUGUGUAAAUGUAUUAGUUACAUUCCACCACUGACUACAAUACAUUUUCCCUCGUAGACUUCCGAUAAAAUAAAUGAAUCCUGCUUCAAGUUUAAAUUCAAGCAUUAUUUUUCUCAGAGAGAUUUUGAAGAAUAUUAUUUAAAAAGAACAUGCUACAUUUAAUCAGUAGCUAGUAUCCAAUCACACAAUGUUAUUCUAAUUUCAUGUAAUUAAUGAAAUGUUUGGGCGCAAGCAACUGGGCUAGGUUCAACUCAACAGUGCUUUACUUCACUUCUGUUAAAACACGUUAGCAAAAACAUCAAAAUGUACUGCUGUGAAUUAAAAUGUCCCCUGCAUACUUGUGAAAUUAUCCAAGUAAAAAUAUUUAAAAACACACUAGUUUUGCAAUUUGAAAA